CCAGAUGGCGUGUGGCAGCGGGAGAGUCACUAUCCAGCUGGUGAACGAGGAGGCUGAGUCUGGAGCCCAAGGCCUGAAGCUCUUUCGGGGCCAGAACUAUGAGGCAAUCCGAGCAGCUUGCCUGGAGGAGGGGAUCCUGUUCCGAGAUCCCUACUUCCCUGCUGGUCCUGAUGCCCUUGGCUAUGACCUGCUGGGGCCAAACUCAGAGAAGGCCAAAGGAGUGGAAUGGAUGAGACCCCAUGAGUUCUGCACCGAACCCCAGUUCAUCUGUGAGGACAUGAGCCGGACAGACGUGUGUCAGGGGAGACUGGGUAAUUGCUGGCUACUGGCGGCCGCAGCCUCCCUCACACUCUACCCCCGCCUCCUGCGCCGGGUGGUCCCGCCUGGACAGGGCUUUGGAAGUGGCUAUGCAGGGGUCUUCCAUUUCCAGAUCUGGCAGUUUGGCCGCUGGGUGGACGUCGUGGUGGACGACAAGCUGCCAGUGCGAGAGGGGAAGCUGAUGUUCGUGAAGUCGGAGCAGAGGAACGAGUUCUGGGCCUCGCUUCUGGAAAAGGCUUACGCCAAGCUCCAUGGCUCCUACGAGGUCAUGCAAGGUGGUCACAUGAAUGAAGCCUUCGUGGACUUCACAGGUGGUGUGGGUGAGGUACUCUACCUUCGGCAGGACACCCCCGCCCUGAGCCUCUUCACCAUCCUGCGCCACGCCUUGGGCAAAGAGUCCCUGGUGGGGGCCACUGCCCUGAGUGAUCGGGGCGAGUACCGCACAGAAGAAGGGCUGGUGAAGGGCCACGCCUACUCAGUCACAGGCACACACAAGGUGUCACUGGGCUUCACCAAGGUGCGGCUGCUAAGGCUAAGGAACCCCUGGGGUCGCAUAGAAUGGACCGGAGCCUGGAGCGACAGCUGCCCACGUUGGGAUGUGCUCCCCACUGAGUGGAGGGAAGCCCUGCUGGUAAAGAAGGAGGAUGGAGAAUUCUGGAUGGAGCUACAGGACUUCCUCCGGCACUUCACCACCAUCCAGAUCUGCUCACUGAGCCCGGAGGUGCUGGGCCCGAAGCCUGCGGGAGGCGGCUGGCACAUCCAUACCUUUCAAGGCCGCUGGGUGCGUGGCUUCAACUCGGGUGGGAACCAGCCUGGUGCAGACACCUUCUGGACCAACCCCCAGUUCCGGCUGACACUGUUGGAGCCUGAUGAGGAGGAGGAAGACGACGAUGAUGAUGGGGCUCGAGGCCGCCUGCCCAAGUGCACAGUCCUCCUGUCACUUAUUCAGCGCAACCGCCGGCGCCUAAGGGCUGAGGGCCUCACCUACCUCACCGUGGGCUUCCACGUGUUCCAGGUGUGCCCCCAGAUGGUGGAGCUCUGGGACUCCCCGCACAGCCGCGAGCUCCUGCCCCAGCUGCUACGCGCCGACCGCUCGCACUUCUGCGCGCGCCGCGACGUGAGCCGCCGCUGCCGCCUGCCGCCCGGACACUACCUGGUGGUGCCCUGCGCCGCGCGCACCUGCGACGAGGCCGACUUCACGCUGCGCAUCUUCUCCGAGCGCCGCCACACUGCCGUCGAGAUCGACGACGUGAUCAGCGCCGACCUGCGCGCCUUCACGGUCCCCUACACUCCCCUGGGGCUCGGCUUGGAGCUGCUGUUCCAGGAGCUGGCAGGAGAGGAGGAAGAACUCAGUGCUUUUCAGCUUCAGAUGUUAUUAAGCAUUGCCCUAGAGCCUGCCAGGACGCAUCACCAGAUUCCCAGAGAAAUUGGGCUCAGGACCUGUGAGCAUCUGCUGCGGUGUUUUGGGACACUCCACCCCCAGUAUGGCCGAAGCCUGGCCUUCCACCAAUUCCAGCAGCUCUGGGGGCACCUCCUAAAAUGGCAGGCCACCUUUGACAAGUUUGACGAGGACUCCUCAGGAACCAUGAAUUCCUGUGAGCUGAGGCUGGCACUGAUUUCGGCAGGCUUCCACCUGAACAACCAGCUGACCCAGGCCCUUACAAGCCGAUACCGGGACAGCCGUCUGCGAGUGGACUUCGAGCGUUUUGUGUCCUGCGUGGCUCAGCUCACCUGCAUCUUCUGCCACUGCAGCCAGCACCUGGAUGGAGGUGAGGGGGUCAUCUGCCUGACCCACCGCCAGUGGAUGGAGGUGGCCACCUUCUCCUAGGACCUCUGGCCGAGGGCACCUGUCUUCAGCUCCCACUUCCCCCCUCCCGAAACCUGGAUCAGGGCUGAAAUUAUAAGGAGGGGGAGUUACCCUCCUCCAACCCCGCCACCUCCUUGCCUGGCACAGGGGCCGAGGCCCUGGCAUCAAGCAGCACGCCACCAUGGGGCAACCAGCAAGUUACUGCAUCUUUGCUGCACUCUCCUCCCCUCCUGCAGGGAAGGUGACACCCCUGUUGUUGUGGGGCAGCACCCAGCCCUGAGGGGUCCCCAUAGCACUGUUUUGACCUUCCCACCACACCAUUCUGGGAAGAAGCAUCCUACCCUGGGUCUCCUAAGAAGCGGAACGCUGAGACAGGAGAGAGAGAAACAGAGGACGCUGUAGGAAUACUUCUUAAAAAUAUUACGCGCUUUAUUAUCUUGUCCCCAGAAGGGUGGUUUAUCCAGAAACCAAGAAAAAAAUAAUAAUAAUCAGAAUAAACUCAAAAAGACAUGGAGGGGAAUAAAACCAUCGACUAAAAGGCAGCCAGGCCAGCAGCCCACCCUCCAUACCCCUGGAGGGCCCCCAGAGACCUACACCCUACAACAACAGACAACAGACAGAGAGAUUGGGCAGGGGAGUAAAUCAGCUAUGACUUCAUUAUGAGAGCAAGAGGCAGCAAAGAUAUGUUGCUAGGUGGAUAUAUAUUUAUAUAAUAAAUCCGUAAGUUAAUAAAGUAAAUAGUAAUCCUCUGGAAAUUU